AAAAAAAUUAUAGUAAAUGAAAAAGAAACAAAAAUAAUCAAAUUAUGUAAUAAAGGUAAUAAAGCUUUAAAAUGUAUUUUAUCAAUUUUAAAAAAAACAUGUAGUCAAUUAAAAAUUAUUAUAUUACAACCUUCUAUAUUAAAAGUUUAUUAUGAAUCUAUAAAAAAAAAUAUAAAACAUACUAUAGUAUGGGUAAAAACAGGUAUACUAUUAUUUUUAACAAAUAUGAAAAUAUCAAAAAAUUUAAUUAUUAAAAGAUUGAAAGGUUAUAGAUUAUCUUAUUCAGAAUAUAAAUUAUUAAUUAGAACUAUGAAUGAUAUGUUUAAAUUAAUACCAUUCUCUUUUUUUAUAAUAAUACCAUUUGCUGAAUUUUUGUUACCCAUAUUUUUAAAAAUAUAUCCUAAUCUUUUACCUUCCACUUUUAAAAACGAUGAUAAUUUUAAUAAUAUCAAAAAAAAUCUAUAUGCUAAAGAACAACUAGCCAAAUUUUUACAACAACUUAUAGAAGAAAAAGAAAAACAACUCAAUGAAAAUAUAGGAAUCGAUUCAGAUAAAAAAAAAAAUAUUCUAAAUAAAUUCCAUCAACAAUUAAUUAAUAAAGAUGAAAAAGAUAUCAAUCCUUUUCUUAGUGUUAAUGAUACUUUAAAAAUUGCUAAAAUUUUUAAAGAAGAUUUUGUAUUAGAUCAAAUGAACCUAAAAACCUUACAAACAAUUUGCCAUCUCUUAGGAUUGAAACCAUAUGGUAUACAUUAUCAUGUUGUAUUACAAUUGAGACACCAUUUUUUAAGACUACAAAGAGAAGAUCGAGAAUUAAUAUAUGAAGGAGUUGAUAAUUUAAAACAUAACUCAUUAGUAGAAAUAUGUAAAGAUAGAGGAAUGAACUUUAAUACAACCGAAAAAGAAAUGAAAGUUCAAAUACAACAAUGGUUACAACUAGCUAGUAUUAAAGAAGUUCCUUAUAUUCUUCUUUUAUAUAUUAGAUGUGUAGUUGUAACACAUGCCAUCAUGGAUAUACAUGACGAACAAAAAAAAAAUGAAAACAAACAAAAUGUAAACAACAACAAUAAUAAUAAUAAUAAUAAUGCUAAUAGUUCUGAUAAUAAUAAUAAUCAUGCUAAUUCAUCAAACAUAGAUGAUAAACAAAAACUCAUACAAGAAGCUAAAGAAAAACUAGAUGAUUUGAAAAUGAAAGAACAAGAAAUUAAAAAAAAUAUUAACAAGCAAACGGACGAAGAGGAACUACACAAUAAGGAGAAUAAUGCUAAGGUGGAUUUUGUUAAAAAAAAUAAAUAUAUGCAAAAUGAGUUAAAUAUGUUGAAGCGUAUAUGUGACUUGCAGCACAAAGAACUUAAAAUUGCCUUUACCUCCUUAACAGAACUCGCCGAAAAAAAACAAUCAUGCGACAUUAACCAACUAAUAAAAAAUAUGUCCCAAAGAUUGCUAGAUAUUGAAAAACACAUCAGCGAACUGAAUGUACAUAAGCAAGUGGAAAUGGAUGAAUAUUUUUAUCCAGAGGAUGAAAAAACUGAUGAUUCUUUGAAUGCAAAAAAUUAA